AUGGAGGGACACCCCACCAACAGAAGGGGGCGGAGGCUGCGGCUGUGUCUCCUCUCCCUGCUCCUUUCAGCAGCAACAGCAGCAGCAACAGCAGCAGCAACAACUGCAGCAGCAGCAGCAAAGCCCGCCACAGAGGGAUUCAUCAUCCCUGCAGCAGCAGACAACACUAACGAUGAUGCUGCGUCUCCUCGUCUUAAUAGCGAACUCAGCAGAGCAGCGCAGCAGCAGCAGCAGCAGCAGCAGGAGAAGGAUGUGAAGGAACAUAGGAGCAGCAGCAGCGACACCAGCAGCGACAUCACCAGCAGCAGCAGCAGCAGCAGCAGCAGCAGCAGCAGCAGCAGCAGCAAUGACUCCAGCAACGGGAAGAGAGACGUCCCCUUGGAUGGAGACUCCUGCAUCAUCUUUGCUGCAGAUGAAGGAGACAGAGACAGGUGUCACUGCCCUGAAGGUUUUGUAUUAUGUAGUUGGAUGGAUGUAAGAGAAGUAGAGAGGAAGAUAAGAGCAGCAGCAGCAGCAGCAAAAGAGGAAGCAGCAGCAGCAGCAGCAAAAGAAAAAGAAGGAACAGCAGCAGCAGGAGCAGCAGGAGCAGCAGGAGGAGCAGCAGGAGGUGGUAGCGAAGAUACAUCAUCAGAAGCAGGAGAAUCAGGAGGAACAGCAGCAGUAGACCCAGCAGCAGCAGCAGGAGAAGCAGCAGCAGCAGCAGCAGCAGCAAAAAUAAUUCCUGCAUGGUUGCAUGCAUUAUGCGAUUCUUCUCAAUUAGGGUUUGCAGGAAAGGGUUUGUAUAUUGACUAUGAGGUGUAUAUACACUGUAAAGAUUCUGCUGCUGCUGCUGCUGCUGCUGCUGCUGCUGGCGAUGCUGCACCUUCUGCUAUACCUUCUUUUGAUCUUAGAUAUGACCCAGGUUCCUACAUCUCUCCUGCAGACUUAGAGAGAAUAAAAACCCUAAACCCUCGUGCUGUCCCUCGUAGUUGUCAUACAGCAGAUUAUUAUUUAUGUAGACCUGCUCCUAUACCGGAAAGACCUCGAGUAGAUUGUGUAAUGACGGAGUGGAGUGAAUGGCGUCUGCCUUGUGUUGAUAAUACACAAAGAAGAUACCGUACUGUUGUCCGCAGCGGUCAAUGGGGAGGAACAGAGUGUAUAUACGAAGGUAAGGAGCCAAGACUAGGCAGCAUUAAGGAGGAGAGAGAAUGCCCAGAGGAAUUAAAGGAGACACAAAUAAUUACUAUGACGGAGGAGAGGCAGCAGCAACUGCAGCAGGAGCAGCAGCUGCUGCAGCAAGCUAGAUUAGAGCUGCAACAAGGUAUUCAGGAACAACAGCAACAGCAGCAACAGCAGCAGCAGCAGCAACAACAACAGCAGCAACAGACACAACAAACCUAA